AUGACAUCCAACGCCCCCCACAGACCCUACAUGCGAAAAUGCAUAGUACUAGCCUCCCAAUCCCCACCCCGCCCAACCAACUUCCGCGUCGGCGCAAUCCUGCUCUCCCGCGCAGACAACGACCCCACCUUCCAAGACGACCGUAUCCUCUCAACAGGCUACACAAUGGAACUACAAGGCAACACCCACGCCGAACAAUGCUGCCUCUCCAACUUCGCAGCAGUCCACAGCGUUCCCGAAGACGAAGUAGCCUCCGUGCUCCCGGUUGAAGCAGGCCGCAAGCUCGUGAUGUACGUGACCAUGGAGCCGUGCGGCAAGCGACUCUCCGGGAAUGCGCCCUGUGUGCAGCGGAUUACGCGCACAAGGGAGGGCGGUCGCCCGGGUGUGCAUAAGGUGUAUUUUGGCGUCAAGGAGCCGGGCACUUUUGUGGGGGAGAGCGAGGGGUGUCGGAUGCUUGAUAGUGCGGGGGUGGAGUGGGAGUAUGUUGAGGGCUUUGAGAAGGAGAUUUUGAAGGUUGCUAUGGCUGGUCAUGAGAAUUCGGAGGAGAAGGUUAAGGAGGCUUUGGGGGAUAAGGCCCAGGGUCGGGAUGGGGAGCUGGGGUCCGAGGAGGCUCCGAGGAAUCCGAAGAAGAGGAUGAUGGAGGGGGAGAAUAUUAUAUAUUAG